GGGGCUCGCGCGGUUUCCGUUUCCGGCGCGCCUCGCUCUGGUCCCUGCGGCGGCGGCCGAGCCUUGUGCCUCCGCCAUAUUGUCUGUGUGCGGCGGCGGUGGCGGCGGUAGCAGCCGCGCCAGGUGGAGGAAUCUGAGGCCUUUCUCCUCUGUCAGCACUGCAGACCAGGUCGCCUCUGAUUUCACAUCUCAUUUCCGCCUGCCAAGCUGUCUGAUAUGUCGGGACCCGUGCCGAGCAGGGCCAGAGUUUACACGGAUGUGAACACACACAGACCCCGGGAGUACUGGGACUAUGAGUCGCAUGUUGUUGAGUGGGGAAAUCAAGAUGACUACCAGCUAGUUCGAAAAUUAGGCCGAGGCAAAUACAGUGAAGUAUUUGAAGCCAUCAACAUCACAAAUAACGAAAAAGUAGUUGUUAAAAUUCUCAAGCCUGUUAAAAAGAAGAAAAUCAAGCGUGAAAUCAAGAUCUUAGAGAACUUGCGAGGCGGUCCCAAUAUAAUCACCCUUGCAGAUAUAGUAAAAGAUCCUGUGUCUCGAACACCUGCUCUGGUUUUUGAACAUGUAAACAACACAGACUUUAAGCAAUUAUACCAGACAUUAACAGAUUAUGAUAUUCGAUUCUACAUGUAUGAGAUUUUGAAGGCUCUAGAUUACUGCCAUAGCAUGGGAAUCAUGCACAGAGAUGUCAAACCUCACAAUGUCAUGAUUGACCAUGAGCACAGAAAGCUUAGACUAAUAGACUGGGGUUUGGCUGAAUUCUAUCACCCUGGCCAAGAGUACAAUGUCAGAGUGGCUUCCAGAUAUUUCAAAGGACCUGAACUUCUUGUAGAUUAUCAGAUGUAUGAUUACAGUCUGGAUAUGUGGAGCUUGGGUUGCAUGUUGGCUAGUAUGAUAUUCCGAAAGGAGCCAUUUUUCCAUGGCCAUGACAACUAUGAUCAGCUGGUGAGGAUAGCCAAGGUGCUGGGGACAGAAGAUCUGUAUGACUACAUUGACAAAUACAACAUUGAGCUGGAUCCACGUUUCAAUGACAUCUUGGGCAGACACUCCCGUAAACGAUGGGAGCGCUUUGUCCACAGUGAGAACCAACAUCUGGUGAGCCCAGAAGCUCUGGAUUUCUUAGACAAGCUGCUGCGAUACGAUCACCAGUCACGACUCACAGCGAGAGAAGCCAUGGAACAUCCCUACUUCUAUCCCAUUGUGAAAGACCAGGCUCGGAUGGGCUCGUCCAACAUGCCGGGUGGCAGCACUCCUGUCAGCAGUGCGAGCAUGAUGUCAGGGAUUUCUUCAGUGCCAACACCUUCGCCCCUUGGACCUCUAGCAGGUUCACCCGUCAUCUCUGCCACCACCACCCUGGGGAUGCCGGUUCCAGCUGCUGCGGGCGCCCAGCAGUAGUGAUGGGCUCUGUCUCCUGCUGCCUGAGCUGAGUCAGGUGGGGAAGAGGUUUCCCCCUCCACCUCUCCUCAGGACGCAGCUCGUGCCUGGCAGGGGAAGGGAGGGGAUGAACGCUUUGGAGACACCGUGUCUGAACUGUUGCUUGUGGAUUUAUAGUAGUUCAGUCAUUAUAUACAAAAUUAUUAUAGGCUGAUUUUUCUUUUUUUACUUGAACUUUUCGUAACUCAGGGGAUUCCCUGAAAAUACCUACAGAUGGAAUACUUCUUGGACAGUUUUUCUUUCCCCCCCCCCCCAAAAAAAAAACAAAAAAAAACAAACCAACAAAACAACUCUUCAUGUAAUAACAAAGAUGAAUCAACAGCAUUUCCAAGCUCUUGCAUCCUGCUGGAAAUCUCUUCUCUUCAUGUUCCCACCAUUAUUCCUCCACAAGCCUACACCUUGGAGGAUUGUGCUGUUCUCCAGAGACUACCAAACCAAGUCUUCAUGAGGCAGGGGAGGGGAUUCUUAAAGUACCACUCACUUGAACCCCAUGUCCUGCAUAUGUCCCAGCCAGGGUACACUGAGGAGACAAUUCCAGUAGGGAGAGGUGGGAUAAGCUUAAAAGGAGUAAGUGCAGAUAGUGCCCAAAACCCUGAUUGGAUUGGAUGUCUCCUUAGGAGUCAACCAGAAUGCUAACUCACCCCUUGCAUGUAAUUUUAGUCUUUAAAAUGAAGUUACUGAUCCAGUUGGAGUCCUUAACACCUCCUGAGACAGGUGCUCCUGUAGAGUAAGCCCUGCUCUGAUCAGCCCCUUUCUUGUGGAGGGUUCUUCCAGCCGUUGCUUGGCUUGGAUCUCUGGAAUUAGUUUGUUAUUGGGUAUAUUGUUUUUAAAUUGUUUCUAUAGGUUUCGAGCUGGUGGCUACUUAAAGCUGGAAAAAUCAGACUGCGCCAAGUCCGAUCCCACAUCUUCACCCACCAUCCCCUCCCUCACGUGCCAUGUGGUGAGAAUACCAGUUACCUCACAGUCUUGUAAAUAUGCACUGAGAGGAAGGAGCGAGGAGACGUUAAACUGAAAUGGUAGAUCAGUAAUUGUGGACAAAUAUUAUCAUUGACAACGGAAAAGCACCCUUGUUACAGCCCUGCUACCCCUUGCUGUGUAUAUAUACUUUGUCCUUCAUAUGUGAAAGAUCCAGUGUUGGAAUUCUUUGGUGUAAAUAAACAUUUGGUUUUAUUUAUCGA